UUCUGAUAGGACGGCAGACAUUUUGUUUCUGACGCAUUACGCAGUGUCAAAAUCAAACGAAAAGUGGAAAAGAAAUGCCUUUGAACGCAUACGGUUGGACAUCAGAAGAAGACGUAAAACUCGCAGAAUUAGUUAAACCCCACAGUCACCUUUACAAUUUGCUCGCUUUUCCUACGCGAAAGAGUAUUCUAGCCCGGGAAUCGACAUGGCAAGAAAUAGCCCAAGCCCUGUCUAAGCCAGUUGAGGAGUGCAAAAAACGGUGGCGCGGCCUAAGAGAUGGAUUCAUGAGGAGUAAACGUAUGGGCACACUGCACAAAACAAAAGCACCUGUGUUUGAAAAGUUGGGGUUCCUUCAGGGGACCUCGGACGGCACCAGCGAAGUGGCUGAAGACACGGAUACCAUGGACAUGCAGGGAGAUCUGAACAUUGUUGAGUCUGAACAAGAUAACCAAGAAUGCCAAGAGGUGAUCACGGACAAUCAGGAAUACUAUGAGAUAACAGUAGUAGACGGGCCGCAAGAAACAAAACCACCAGUAGUCGCCAUAUUGCCACAACCUCCACAGCUGCAGCAGAAGAAAGUAAAAAGAAUCACUGGUCCUCGGAAGAAGACUCUACCAAUGCCACAAGUGAAUGCUCUGCCUAUUAAAAUAUUGCCAAAACCAAUGGCAAUGAUAAAUGGCCCUAAAUUGGUCAGAUAUGGGACUGUGGAAGAGGUAAAAAAUGCUACGGAGCAAAGAUCUGAGGUCCUAGACAAGUUAAUAGAAAGAGUGUUGAAGGAAAACACAAAUGAAGUGGACAUUUUCUUCAGAAGCAUGGCGGCAAGCGUGAAGAAAUUGCAACCUAACUUAAUCCCUAAAGUCAAAAUGGAAGUUUGCAAUGUUAUAGCCAAAUAUGAAAUGCAGAGUUUUGAGAAAGGUGGACAGCUGAGGUUGCUGCUUGAAAAGUAGUAUUAAUUGUGAAUGUGAUUAGAACUGAGUUAGUGAGUGUAACUACCAGAAACAGAAAAAUAAAGCAAUUACGUUAUACCUAGGUAUUAUUGUAUAUUUUUAUAGUUUGGAGCCUAAGCCAAAUAUGAGUAAGGUUUAAGUAAUUGAUGUUAUAAUAUUAUUAUGAUAAUGUCAAAGUAAUGGUCUCGUUAUAGACUAUUUUAAUUGUAUGUACCUUUGGGGCCUCUCUUAUUAUUGAAAGAAUAAAUAAGAAUAGCUAUUACUUAAUAAAAUUUUAAUGUAAAAUUUGA